CCCUUUCAAUUCCAACAUGGCUGACCAUGAAUUGGAUGCAUUGGAGAGCAGAUUAGAUAUAAUUGAAAAUAAGGUUUUUGGAAGCUCAGAGAAAGAUGCAUUUUACCCAAAGGAUAAAAAGAGGCCAGACGAGUGCAUAGAAAAGCUUGCCAACAUUCAAGAAAAGAUUUCUACUGCAACAAAAAAUAAGAAGAGGAUAGCUGAGAUUUACAGAAAAUCUAGAGAAGUACAGAAGUACUUAGACCCUGCCUAUACUGAUGAAAUGACCAUGAGUGAUGAAGCAAAGGAAGAAGUUAUAAUAGCAGAAGAAGAAUUUUUGAGGGACCAAGCAAAACAUUUGGAAACGAUGGAAGAAUUGAAAUCAACACUAGACAGUGAACAUCUUAAAUCUACUCCAAAGUUUACGGAAAAGUUUGAGGCCCUGAGUCAGAUUCAGAUAAAACAACAGGACCAAACUUCAGACCUUACAGAUGAGGCAAGAAAGUUGCUUGCAACAUAUAACAAUAUUAUAAGCUUGGUAUCCAGGCAGUUUGUCCACUGGGAUGAAGUACUGACCAGUAUAGAGUCUAAGACAACAAAGACCAAAGACUAAGGUGUCAUCAGGAAAAUGGUGUUAGUGCAAUAUUUAAUAAUAAAACUUAACUGUAAAAUAUAAGUUCAUUAUUGAGCUAUAUUACUUUUGUCUAUUUUUUUCUUUUGUUUCAUUAUGAUUAAAUUGAUAACCAGUU